UGCAUCUUUUCUCAGAGGAGGAAGCGGUCUUCACACCCAUUUCACAGAUAGGGCAACACUGAGGCCACGGUCAGCUCUUGGGACUGGAACCUAGAGGUUCUUGACUCUCUGUGCCCCACGGCUGAGUGUCCCUCAAAGGAGGCAAGGAAUUUCUAGAAUUUCUAGAGUGAAGGACUCAGAGGAUGUCUCGACGCAGUCAGCGCCUCAGCCGUCAUUACCAGCUUGAUGAUGAUGGAGGCAGCAGCAGCAGCAGCAGUGGAGGGAGUUCCCUGGCGGCUGGCCAGCACACCGCCUUCAAGGACAGUCCCCUCAGGGCUCUGCGGAGGAAAUCCAGCAGUGUGAAGCGUCUCUCGCCUGCACCUCACCUGGGCCCUGCUUCCAGUCCUCACACCACCUACUACAGUGAAUCAGUUGUCAGCGAGUCGUAUGUUGGGGGCCCCCGGGCCGCCUCGAUGGCCAGAAGCUUGGUCCUGGAAGAUCAGCUGGACAGCAAUUCCUACUGGAGUGAGCGUGGUGGGGACCUGUUGGUAAGGACGAGGAGAAGCACAGGAGGCCCGGAGAGUCACGACAUUAACGGACUGAAUGAGGGCAAAGUCACCUAUGACGCCUAUGGAUCCUCCUCAGGAUACUCCUCGGAGGAUGACUACGCAGGGCACGCACUUAUGGACCAGCCUGGCUCGGCAUCCACAUUAAGGAAUGCUGCCUCCCAAGUUGGCGCUUUCUUGUGGAUGGCGAUCACCUUUCCAGGUUGGCUCUUUGGCCUGUUCUACUGGUGGCUCGGCACCACCUGGUACCGCCUGACCACAGCUGCCUCCCUGCUGGACGUCUUUGUCUUAACCAGGAGCUUUUCGACGCUGAAGAAGUUGCUUCUGUUUCUCUUGAUGCUGUUGUUUCUGGCUUCGCUGGCUUAUGGUGCUUGGUAUUUCUACCCCUAUGGACUACAGACCUUCCACCCUGCUAUGCUCUCCUGGUGGGCAGCAAAGGGCAGCAGCAGGAGAGAGGAGGUGUGGGAAUCGGGAGAAUCCACACCGUAUUUCCAGGCCGAACAGCGUAUCCUAUCAAGGGUUCAUGCUCUGGAAAGGCAGCUGGAGACUCUGGCUUCCGAAUACUCUGCCCAUUGGCAGAAGGAGGCCAUGCGGCUGGAGCGCCUGGAGCUACGACAAGGGGCCGGGGGGACUGGAGGUGGGAAAGGCCUGAGUCACGAGGACACUCUGACCCUGCUGGAGGGCCUGGUGAGCCGACGGGAAGCCACCCUGAAAGAGGACGUCCACAGAGACAUCACUGCCCACAUCCAGGAAGCGCUCACCACCCUCAGGGCAGAGCAUCAGCAAGGUUUGGACAGCGUCCUGAAGAAGAUUACUCGGGCAUCCCAGGACCUGGAAAGCUGGGUGCUCCAGCUCAAGUCUGAGUGGCAGAGUUUGGCCCAAGAAGCCCUCCAGGAAAACAUGCUAAAGGAGUUGGGCCCUUUGGAGGCCCAGCUGGCUGGCCUGAGGCAGGAGCUGGCGGCCUUGAGCCAGAGACAGGCAGCAAUGGCGGAGCAAGUAGACCUUUGGCCACAGAAGAUGGCGGCCCUGCGCAGUGACGUGGAGUCUCAGUUCCCAGCCUGGAUCAGUCAGUUCCUUCUUCGAGACAAGGGCGCUCAGGCCGGGCUCCUUCAGCUGGAGGAGGUGCAGGCCCAGCUCCGAGACCUGGAGCACAGAAUCCUCACUCACGUGGCAGAGGAGCAGGCCAGGUCCACCAGCGAAGCUGCCGCCAGCCUGAGGCUGACCCUUCGCAAGGAGGGAGUGACAGGGGUGACCGAGGAGGAAGUGCACCAGAUCGUGCAGCAGGCGCUGACGCGCUACAGUGAAGACCGCAUCGGGCUGGUGGAUUACGCCCUGGAGUCCUCAGGGGCUAGCAUCAUCAGUACCCGCUGCUCGGAGACCUAUGACACCAAGACGGCCCUUCUCAGUCUGUUUGGCAUCCCCCUGUGGUACUAUUCACAGUCCCCGAGAGCCAUCCUCCAGCCAGACGUCUACCCUGGCAACUGCUGGGCAUUCCGGGGCCCCCAGGGCUUUGCAGUGAUUCGCCUGUCUGCCCGCAUCCACCUCACUGCCGUCACCUUGGAGCAUGUGCCCAAAGCCCUGUCUCCCAUCAGCAACAUCCCCAGCGCCCCCAAGGACUUUGUCAUCUUGGGGCUAAAGGAAGAGUCCCAGUCGGAGGGGCUGGCCCUCGGGCAGUUCACCUACGAUAAUGCUGGGGAGUCCAUUCAGACCUUCCACUUUCAGGGCAACAACACAGCCCCAUACCAGGUGGUAGAGCUCCGCAUCUUGAGCAACUGGGGUCACCCUGAGUAUACCUGCAUUUACCGCUUCCGGGUCCAUGGGAAGCCUGCCAAUUAGCCCUUCCCCCCAGGUCCCUUCACCCCUUCCCCCUUCAGCCACCUCCCCUCCACCAGCAAGCAGCUCCACUACCUUCUCCCCUCUCACCUAUGCUUAAUCCCUUCUGGGCACUAUGGCUUCUGGGAGAGAGACAGAACAUGGAAGCCCACCUCCGUGGAGCGGUCCUGGCCCGCUGGGCUCUAUGAUAUGGAGACCACCAGCUGAGCAAUUUCUGUUUCACUCCCAAUCCUCCUGAGGGUCAAGUGGCCCAGUUCCCUGCAGGCCCUGCCCACCCCCCAGAGGUGUAUAUAUAGCUAUGUAUUAUAUGUUGGGGGUGUGGGGAGGGCCUUGCUAUGCUCAGCAAAAGUCCAACAGAACCACGGCUAAUGCCACCUUGGCUCUAGGGCAAGGAAUUGGGUGUAUUCAGGGCAUGACAAACUGGGCAACUGCAAAGGCCAGUCUGUCAUGGGCAUGCAGGUGGCUGAUGCCCCUGUCCAUGGUACCUUGCUUGGUUCUCUUCACCACUGGACAUGAUGGAGGCAGUCUUUGGAAUCAGAAGCACCUGGGACCGACCACAAGUCCCUGAGCUUUUUGUUCUGACAAGGCCAACAACCUCGAUUUGGGGGAAGUUCUGGCCUGAGGAUCACCUGGAGUGGCCUUUAGAAACUGUUACGUGGGGGUGUAGCCAUGGCUGGGAGGCCCCUUCUACCCACUGGGACUUAAUUUAGAGAGGAGUGGAGGGUUUCUGGUGUGUGAGAAAGGCAGUAUUAGACACAGCAUUAAUCACAGUUUAGAUAAUGCUGAAAGGGAGGAGGGCCCAGAGUGCAGCCAGGGGCCGUGGGGAGAGGGCCUUCCCUUAUGUUAUUGGUAACAGGUUUUUCCUCCCUGCCCUCACGGACCCAGAGGCCCUACUUCUCCACUCUAGCCAUGCCUGCAUCCACCUCCUCACCUGGAGCUCAGUCACUGUGGGCUCUCCUUUGGACCCACCAGCUCAUGCGGUUGUGGGUAUGAUGGGCAGGAGACUGGCCAGGAUCCUGAUGAGAAAGGCCCUUCCCUGGCCCUGUGUAGGGUUGGCAUUGAGCCAAUGUUGCCCUCUCUCCCUGGGGGGGACUUGCCCUGCCCCAGGCACUUUUGCAGGGAAACGGGACAUCAUAGCUCAUCAGGGUCUUGCUCUGGGCUCUGAUUUUAGUUCCCUUCUGGCUUGGUUAGCACAUGAGCAGGUGUUAAGUUUAUUGGGAUAGGGUUGGAGGGGAGCUUGUUGGAGUUAAGGCUGGGAUGGGAGGGGGAGGGCAAAUUCUUGGCCCUGCGGGCCAAUUGUAUUAUGUAUAUAGAUAUAUAUUUAUAUUUAUACAUAGAUAUAUUUCAUGGUUCUUUUUUAUCAGAUAGAAAAGGUAAGGGCUUCAUUCCUGGCUGCCUCCCCUGGGGCCCAGGGUGAUAUUCACUCCAGCCCCAGCUUGGGGGGGGUGGGCUGUCAAGCACUGAUCCCCACAGUGGCAUCGCCAUCCUUUCUGCCUCUUGCCGUCAGGAGGGAAGGCAGGGGUUCACACCAUGGGGCUGGCCACUGGUUCCCGAAGCCAGCAGGGGUGCCCACUCUUCUGCAGGUUUCAGGGGCCAGCAGCAGUUGGUGUGGGGUUGACCCCAGCUUCCCCUCAGCCCAGCCUGCUCCCGCUGCUUUUGUCCCCUCCCCGGGAAGCUGGCAUCUGAGCAGCCCCACAUAGGAACCUACAGAUGGGGGCUCAGCUCUUCCCCAUCACAAAGACUACUGUUUAAUUCUUUAGUUUUAUUUUUUAAUCGACAGAUUCUAAUUUAUGCCUAUGCAAAAAUAAAUUUGCUCUUGGA